AUGGCAAAUAUCAACCAUGAGAUGAUCUACCGAGAUCAUCGACUAAAAACAUUUGAAGAUCCAAUAAAAGUUGGCAACAAAUCAUUGGCAUGGGAUGAAUUCAGUAAUGUUGAAAGUUUUGAUCGAUUAAUCGAAUCAGGAUUUUAUUAUAAUCCCACAUCAAGGAGUAAGACCAGAAUCACUUGUGCAUAUUGUGGUAAUUCAGAAAUUAUAAAAUCUAACAAAGAUGUUGAUAAUAUAAAUACCAAACAUUUACGUCGAAAUUCUUCUUGUCCCAUGAGUUUAAUUGCCAAUAUAGAUGACAUAAUAUCAAAUUUUAAUCUGAACCGUGAUGAAUUGAAAAAUUUUUGGAAAAAUCAUAAUUUAUUUAAUGAUCCUUUCCAUUCUAAAACUAUUGAAUUUAGGAAACAAUUUUAUGUGAAUUAUCCAUUAGAUAAAAUUGAUUCAAUCCCUAAUUCAAAUUCCCUUUCCCAUGCAGGGUUUAUAUAUUCACCAAGAUCAAUUGAAGAUGACCGUGUGCGAUGUAUGUAUUGUCAAUGUGCAUUAGAUUAUUGGGAAGAAGAUGACGAUCCUAUUGAAGAGCAUAUACGAAAUGAAUCCACUUAUUGUUAUUUCCUCGAUUUGUAUAACAAUGAACAUGAUGACAACAAGAGUAGUUUAGAAUUUGAAAAUCCAAAAAUAAUAAAUAACAUAAAUGAUGUUGAGUCUAUGGAAGAAAGUAUUAGCAAUAAUAGUGAUCAGGAAGUUAUUGAGCUAGCGAGCUUUCAUGCUUCUAAAAAUGUCAAUGACAAUUACAACAGACCCAACGAUGACGUAAUAGAUAUAUCUGAGAAUUUGACAACUCACCCUUUAUCCAAAUCGAGCAGUCCACCUCAGGAAAUCACUAACAAUGAUGCACACAAUGCUUCUGUUAAUAAGAUUGAUAACAGUUUUUCCACCCCAGUUAAAGAUAUAUCACAAGAUUUAUCAAUAAUAGAACAGGAUGACCGACCUACGUAUAGAAGAUCGAAAAGGAUUAAAAGAUUAUAUGGAGAAAGAGAUAGAAAUGUUGAUUAUUGGGAUAAGCUACCCGACGAAGAUUUAUUACAAGAAUUUAUUGAAGUAUCUCAAAAAUCAAGCAAAAACGAUAAUUCCAAGAGAAAAUCUUCAACUAUUGAGAAAGAACAAAUGGAUAAUUCAUUAAUAUAUAAUGAGUCUACAGAUGAAAAUGGGACUGAUGGUAUAGGAGAUAUAAAAAUCCACAAUGAUAGUGAAGUUGAAGAAGUAGUAUAUGAUAAUGAUGAAAUACCGAUGGAUGAAAUUGAAAUGGAAGAUGUAGAUGUGGAAGAACAUAAUUCAAAAGAAUUGUCCCUACAGGAUCAAGUAAAAAACGCUAUGACUAACGAUAAGGAGGAGGAGGAGGAUCGGUUACAAUCAGAAAUUCUCCUGGAAAACAAUGAGCCAACAGAACCAAUAUCAACGAAACAAUCAAGCUUUUCAAACAGGGAUAACAAUGAAGAUAAAUAUUCGAAUACAGAAGAAGGGAAACAUUCAACUUUGAAUUUACAGAAAGAAAAAGAGGGAUCUGUUUCAGUUAUCCAAGAAGAUUAUAAUUCAAAUUUAAAUGAAACGGAUAAUAAAAACACGGAUAAUGUAAAUUCAAAUAUAGAGGAAGAAGAAUUUAAUUCAGAAGAUUCAGACGACGAAUCAGAAUAUCAAAGUAACGAUAAUAGUGAAUCAUAUGCAGAUACCUCAGAUGCACUGUUUAAGAUAUCUGGAAAUUUUGAUGAUACCACUCAAGAACUAGAGAACAAUAAAACGAAACCAAAGAGAACAAAAUCUCGAGCACCAACAAGAGGGACAGAUACUUCCAACCAAAGCAAAACCAUACCUAAAUCUGAAACCAAAAAACCUAAACGUGUUGUUAUCAGUAAAAAGGAGAAGUCAACAAUACCUAUAGAAACUUUAUUUGACAAUACUGAAGAUAACUUAGAAUACGACGAGAAGCACAUAGAAAAGAUUGAAAAUGAACCAUUGGCUCAUCUACUUGAACCCCAAAAAUUUAAAAAGAAGGAUACCAGAACAAAGAAAACAAAAACAAAACCAAGAGACACUGAACCACAAAGGCAAAUAGAAACCAAAAACUUUGAAUCUACGAAAAGAAAAUUUGAGGAGCCCAAUACCUCUCCAUUUAGGUUCUUGGAUUCUUUGAAAAAUUCACAGAGAAAGCGAAAGAAACUUUCCAAACCGAAUAUUCUUGAUAUGUCAUUUGAAACUGCAGAAGUUUUAAGCAGUCCAAAUAAGUUUAUAUCACCCAAGAAUGAAGCAAUGGUGAAUAGAAAAGAUGGCUCAUCUUCUGCAAAAAACCAUAAACAAAAUAACGUGUCAAAGGAGGACGUGAUAGAAGAGGAAAUCAAAACUGAAAGGAAUGAUAAUCACACUAUUACCAACAACAACAGUUUAUCGAAAACAAAAAAUGGCGUGCAAAAAAUCCCGAAGAAUGACAAGGAUGUGUUUAUAGAUCCAGAUGAAGAAUUAGUAUUUGGUAUCACUAAGUCACUGGGUUUACCAAACUCUAAUAUCCCAACAAAAGAUGUGGAUAAUUCUCCAAAGAAGGAAUCCUUAAUUUUGAAAGAUCUAGAUUCUUUUGUAUCUUUAGAGAAAUCACCAAAGCCAAAGAUUGCUGAAAUUCAGGCCACUAGUACUUCCAACAACUCCAGAAUCAGUUUUGCUGUUGAACCCGAAUCUAGUGAUAAUGACAGCUACUCAAAUUACAUACAAGAUAUCAAACAAAUUGAUGCUGAAAUUCUGAAAGUGAUGUUAGAAGACACUGAACAAUAUUCUUUAACAAGGACAAAUACAAAUGAGAAAGAAGAGCUAAUCCUGAAUAAGGGCAACCACGAAGAUUCAGAGAAGAAAUCAAUUGUAGAACAAGAUCUGAACACCAUCGAAACUGAUGAUUCUGAUUUUCUGAUUGAAGAGGAAGAGGAAGAAGAGAAAGAGGAGGAAUCAAUUGAAUCUGAGGACGAAGAAGAGGAAUUAAAUAUUGAUUCAACAGAAGAGCUACAAACCAACCAAAAGGCAUCUCCAGUACGAAGAAGCUCUGAUAUAACUACAAGCAAUGAUCAAUCAUUAGAAGAAAGCACUGAUCCAAAUGACUCUCCAUCAAAAACAAAGAACGUUGACACAUAUCAUUCACCAGAUAGCAUUAAUGAAUUGCCAAGCAAAAGUCCAACCAAGGUAACCAAUAAUCAAGAAAUAGUUAAAGAAUUAAAAGAAAUCAAAAAAAGCAAAGAUUCCUUAGAUAUUGAUGAGAAACAUUAUCCAGAUGUUCUUGGAAUUGGUGGUCUUGAUACAUCACCUUUAGGCAUGAAUUCUUCAUUAACAGAGAUUCAUAAAUUGAAUAAUUACAACGGCAACGGCAACAUCAAUGAUAAAGAUAAUAGUGUGGAAGAAAAGAAAAAAUUGCAACCACCUUCACCACCAAAAUCAUCGUCAUCACUAAAAUGGCAACUCCGUCCAAUGUCACAAUUUAUUGAACAAACAAAAUUCCUUGAAAGUAGUGCAAAUGAGUUGAAAGACUUGGCAUGUUCAGAAUAUGAUUUACAUAAUGAUGUAACAGGAGAUCUUACUAAAUUUAUUGCUGAAAUGCCUGAAGAAGAAGAAGAGAUGACUAUUAAACAAUGGAUUGAACAUUGUGCUGCUAAUUGUAAAGAUAUUGUGACUCAAUCAUGCACAGAAAUAAAUGAUUUUAUUCUUGAAGAAUAUGAUCGAGCAAUUAGAAUGAUAGAAGAGAUGCCCACUGACGAUUAA